AACCGCUGGUUUUCAAUUCAAACCGCAGGACUCUUCUUCUCCCUAUCCAUUCCAUUUCAGACAUACCCAGACAGAAAUUUUUCAAAGAUUUUUAUCAUUUUCAUCAAACAAAUUUCUGUUCUUCUUCUUCUUCUUCUUCGUGAAUGUUUGGAGCUAGUAAUGUCAGCAGAGUAGGAGGAAUUUUAGUUUUGAAAAUGGAGCAUAUUGUUGGAGUUAGGAACAGUGGAGUAAUGGCAGUAGUAUCUCCAUAUCCAAUUUGGAGGUCUAAAAGAACAAAUAAAUUGAUUAUUAGAGAUAAAACCCAUUUCUGUAAUCAUUCAAAUCAUACUUCAUCUUCUUCAUCUUCGGUGGUUAGAGUUAAGGCUAGUAAUGGUGGAAGUAGUAGUAGUAGUAGUGUUGUUGUUAAAGAAGAAGAAGGGUUUUUUGAUGAAGAAGAUUAUAUUAAAGCUGGUGGUUCUGAGAUUUUGUUUGUUCAAAUGCAACAGAAGAAACCCAUGGACAAGCAUAUUCUGAUUUCUGAUAAGUUGCCCUCAAUAUCUGUUGGAGAAUCUGUACUAGAUUUGGUUAUAAUUGGUUGUGGUCCGGCUGGUCUUUCCCUGGCUGCAGAAGCUGCUAAGUUAGGCCUACAAGUUGGUCUUAUUGGACCUGAUCGACCUUUUACAAACAAUUACGGCGUGUGGGAGGAUGAAUUCCAAGAUCUUGGGCUUGAAGGGUGUAUUGAGCAUGUUUGGAAGGAUACCAUCGUAUAUCUCGAUAGCGAUAAACCAAUUCGGAUUGGCCGUGCAUAUGGAAGAGUUGAUAGGCAGUUGCUAUACGAAGAGUUGUUGAAAAGGUGUGUAGAGUCGGGCGUUUCAUACCUUGACUCUAAAGUGGAGAGAAUAGAUGAAGCUGAGGAUGGACAUCGUCUUGUAGCUUGUGAAAGUGGGAAUGUGAUCCCUUGCAGGCUUGUUACUGUUGCAUCUGGAGCAGCUUCAGGGAAACUUUUGGAGUAUGAUGUAGGAGGUCCUCGUGUUUCUGUGCAGACAGCAUACGGCUUGGAGGUUGAGGUGGAAAAUAGUCCGUAUGAUCCAGACCUAAUGGUUUUCAUGGACUAUAGAGACUACAUGAAACAAAAAGUGAAACUCGUAGAUGAGGAAUACCCUUCAUUUCUUUAUGCCAUGCCCAUGUCACCAACAAGAAUUUUCUUUGAGGAAACUUGUUUGGCUUCCAAAAACGCCGUUCCUUUUGAUCAACUGAAGAAGAAACUGAUGGCACGCUUGGACAAGAUGGGUAUUAAAAUUGCAAAAGUUCAUGAAGAGGAAUGGUCUUAUAUCCCAGUUGGUGGUGCAUUACCUAGCACAGAGCAAAAGACCCUUGCAUUUGGUGCUGCAGCCAGCAUGGUGCAUCCGGCCACAGGAUACUCAGUUGUGAGAUCAUUGUCCGAGGCUCCAAGAUUUGCGUCUGUAAUUGCAGAAAUUUUGAAGACUAAUAGUGACUCGGAGUGGAUAGCUACUCAAGAAAUUAGUAUGAUCAAUCUCUCAAGCCGAGCAUGGAACACUCUUUGGCCUAAAGAAAGGAAACGUCAAAGAUCAUUUUUUCUCUUUGGACUAGAGCUAAUUGUGCAACUGGAUAUUGAAGGCAUAAGAACAUUCUUCCAGACCUUUUUCGGCCUACCUGAUUGGAUGUGGAAAGGCUUUCUGGGAUCUUCACUCUCUUCAACUGACCUGUUACUUUUCGCCGUUUACAUGUUUGUAAUUGCACCAAACAGUAUGCGGAAGUUACUUGUAGGACAUCUACUUUCUGAUCCUACUGGAGCUUUGAUGGUAAAAACUUAUCUCUCAUAGUAACCCGUUGGGUCUCGCGCUAUCUUCAUAACCCUGUUUUUUUGCCAAUAAUUUCAUCUACACACCUUUGUCCAUCAUCAACCUUUGAUUGUUUCAAUGAUCUGCCAGUCUGUAAAUAGUCAGAGUUUGUGUCUCAGUAAUGUACAAAUAAACCAGCUUAGAUGGCACUGUAUGUGUCACCAUAAUCACUGCCUUGGUCAAGCUUCUUCUUCGUGUGGUCAAAAUUGAAGCUAGCACUUCUUUUGGUUUUGUAAAUUAUACAGAAAGACUCUCAACUCUAACUGGUUUCGUAUGCGAUUGUUUUACAUUGCCCACCACUAGCUACAAGGUUGUGCUUAUACCACCGUGGCAUCGGGAUUCAAAUAAGUUUAGUAUUCAAGUAUUUUCUUCAGAUUUGGGUACAUGGAAUUUAUAUGAAGUUUUCUGUCC